AAAUAGCCAAUGGUGUGUUGCAACUUGUAUUGUGCGAUUGUGGCGAAUCAAAGCUGGAGAUGUAUUAUUGACGGAAGUUUUUGUUUCCAAUCCUAUCCAGCGUUUGUUUGUAGUGUUUACCUUAAUAUGAUAGUAUUUAAAGAGGAACGCAAUUUUCUGCCUUAUUUAAGUUAUUGUACGAUAGCUUAGAGUGAACAUUCGUAUCAAAAAAGUGUAACCUGCAACAAGAACGUGAUGAGUCUUUCGGAAAUUUCUAAAUUUUUCACUGAAAAGUCCCUUGAUGAAAUAAUUAUAAAGGCUGGAGGAACUAACCAUACCUCCUUUAAGUUUGGCAAAGGAUUCAAGAAGGGCGACUCUUACUUGAGCCAAGUUUUCCGGUUGUGUGUCUAUGGAGAAAAUAAAACUUUAGGAACCAAACAAGAGGUCAAUUUGAUUAUAAAAUCCAUGCCGGACAAUGCAGCACGGAGGAAACUAUUUCGAUCAGCUGACUUUUUCCGUAAUGAGAUAUACUAUUACACUAAAGUUAUUCCAGCAGUAGAAAAGUUCCAAGAAAGCAAAAAGCCUUCGAAACCCUUCACCGAGUACCCAAACUGUUUUUUGUGUCACUGUGAUGGAGAAAAUGACUUUAUCGCACUAGAAGACGUUAGUUUCCUAGGUUUUGGAUGUCCGAAUAGGCAAGAUUAUAUCUCCCUUGAUGAAUGUCGAAUGACCAUGCGAACAAUGGGGCGUCUUCAUGGUGUUGGUUUAGCAUUUGCAGAUCAAGAACCCAAGGCAUUCGAAGAAACUGUUGGAAAAUUAGAAGAAACUUAUUAUUCCGAUAAAUUACGUAGUUGGUAUAUUUGUUUCUUGGAACUUGCGACAAAUGUAGCUAAAGAUGCGGUUUCAAAAACUUAUCCAGGGACUAAAUACGAAAAAAUAGCUAACAAAUACCUACAGGAUUCAUUAUAUUCUGAUCAAAUUCAAAUUGUGAAAACUAGGGGAAGGCUCUCAACUAUUUGUCAUGGAGAUUGUUGGACUCCGAAUUUCCUAACAAAAUACAACGCAGAUGGGCUUCCAGAGGCUGUCAAAGUUAUCGACUAUCAAUUGACAAGAUGUGCUUCGGUUGCAUUGGACAUAUCAUUUUUCAUUUACUCGUGCACAAGUCAAGAGCUAAGAGAACAACAUUAUUCAACAUUAUUAAAGGACUAUCACGAUAGUGCUUGUGACUUAAUAAAAAAUCUUGGUUCUGACCCGAAGAAGGUUCUUCCAUUUGAAGACUUAUUGACAGAGCUAAAAUUAUUUGGAAGAUUUGGUUGCGGCAUGGGCAUUGAAUCCUUGCCAAUGUCAUUAAUUGAUGAUGACGAAGUUGCUGAUUUGGAUGCAAUUAAAGAAAAUACUAUACUUACUGAUGUUUGGAACAUAACUCCAUUUAAAGAGCAAUCGAAGAGGAAGAGAAUAGCAGAUAUGUUUAAGCAUGCGAUUGAUCAAGAAUAUAUUCAAUGAUAUUUGAGUGGGUUUCGUAAAAUGUUUUAUACUCUUAUCAUAAUUUUAUUGCAGUAUGAAGUAAAUAUGUUCUUUAUAUUCGUAAGUAUAAAUUGACACUUCAGAAAGUAUACUUGAUAUUAUUUGUAGACUAUAAAUUUUUAUUAUUUAAUACUGCAAUGGUUCAUUUUAUUUACUAUUAUAUAUUUUCAAAAAUUGCAA